AAAUUUGUUUGAUCUAUAUUACCACCUUGGAUAAAAAUCUAAAUGUUCCCGGUCUAAAUUAUGAAACCUUCAACACAUGCAUAAUUUUCCUAAAUUCACAUUCACUUUUCAAACUACUUGACUGAUUUGGGGCUUCUCUAAUUUAAAUUCAACACAUUUUUUUUAAAAAAAUUACACAUACAUUGAAUAAUGUUAAUAUGGUGGAUUACACAUUUUUCAUUCUCUGUUCUACCUUUCUUAUGUACUGUUUUCAGUUUAGUUUAACAGCAAUUAAAUAUAGCAUUUCUAGUAUAGUCAAAUCUUAAAAGCACGAUAAUGUCUACAGAUGAUUUAAAAUGAAGAAUGGGGUUUAUUAAGGCGGGUGCGGAGACUUAAUUUGAAGUUAUUUCUGAAAGCAGAAUUUUACCUGAAUAAUGUAUACGUUACGUCUAAAGAGUAGGGUUUUGUUUACAAAUAAAUAUAACCAAGGGGAUAUGAAGAAGAAGCUCAAAAGGAAUUUCGAAGUCUUAUUAUCAAUAUCUGAAGAAACGGCAGAUGUGAUAUGGGUAUGUAAAAAAUAUUCUUAGAUCAUAGAUAAUUGAUGCAAAGUUCUAGAGGUUUUUUUACUAUCUUUAUGACUGUAGCAAUUAAGCUAUUUUGAAAAAGUGAAUGGUAGUUGCAGCUGACAACUUGAUUAAUUAAUAUUUCUAUUUCAGAUUAUUUGGUAACAUCAUAUAGCUCAUAGCUGUCUCAGCGAGGGUCAGAUUCUGCUGUCCUUACUCAUGUCAAGUAAUUUCUUACGUUGCAUGUAAUCUCAUUGAAUCAAUGUGGAGAAUGAUGGCAAAACUUGACGGUAGUGACUAAAAGCAACAGUUGCUUCUUUCAGUCUUCAACAGCUGUGAGAGCAACUCUCUUUUUUUUUUUUUUUUUUUUUUUUUCCAAACCAUCCAUCCUAAAUUCCGACCUGUAAGAGUAUGUACCUAUAUUUAGCUAGUGAGAUUAAAUUGCAGAGAGGCUUCAGGCAGGACAAAGCACAUUGGUCUGCCUUUUUUACAGGCAGACCUUUGAGCAGGCAACAGCUAAAAGCUUUCUGCUCCCUCCCCUUUCCCAAGUAUUUGCGAAAUGGAUUCCCAAAGGGAACUCACUGAAGAGCUUAGACUUUACCAAUCCACCCUUCUUCAGGAUGGCCUCAAGGAACUCCUUGAAGAGAAAAAGUUCAUAGAUUGCUCUCUAAAAGCUGGUGACAGAAGCCUGCCUUGCCACAGAUUGAUUCUGUCAGCAUGUAGCCCUUAUUUUCGUGAGUACUUCUUAUCAGAACAAAAUGAAGAGAAAAAGAAGGAGGUAGUUCUAGAUAAUGUUGACGCCAACAUCCUGGAUAUGAUUGUCAAAUACCUUUAUUCAGCAAGUAUUGAUCUUAAUGAUUCUAACGUGCAAGAUAUUUUUGCUUUGGCCAGUCGCUUUCAGAUCCCUUCUGUGUUCACUGUGUGCGUCUCCUAUCUCCAGAAGAGGCUUGCUGUCGGUAACUGUCUGGCUAUCCUUCGAUUAGGUGUCCUGCUUGAUUGCCCAAGACUCGCAUUUUCUGCCCGUGAUUUUGUUUCAGAUCAUUUUGUGCAGAUCUGCAAAGAAGAGGACUUCAUGCAGCUUGCCCCGCAUGAACUUAUCUCGGUUAUUUCACCUGACAGCUUAAACGUAGAGAAGGAAGAACUGGUAUUUGAAGCCGUAAUGAGAUGGGUGCGAACAGACAAGGAGAACAGAGUAAAGAGCCUGGGGGAAAUUUUUGACUGCAUACGUUUUCGUCUUAUGCCAGAAAAAUAUUUCAAGGAACAUGUUGAGAAGGAUGAUAUAAUUAAAAGCAACUCAGACCUUCAGAAAAAAGUAAAGAUUAUUAAGGAUGCUUUUGCUGGAAAACUGCCUGACUCUAGCAAAAGUACAGAAAAGUCAACCAAAGGGGAGGUGAAUGGCGAUGUAGGAGAUGAAGAUUUACUGCCUGGCUACCUAAAUGACCUUCCCAGGCACGGCAUGUUUGUGAAAGACCUCAUUCUUCUGGUUAAUGACACUGCUGCAGUAGCUUAUGAUCCUCUUGAAAAUGAAUGCUACCUAGCGGCUCUGGCAGAACAGAUUCCCAGAAAUCAUUCCAGUAUAGUCACCAAACAAAAUCAGGUCUACGUUGUUGGAGGACUGUAUGUGGAAGAGGAGAACAAGGAUCAGCCUUUCCAGUCAUACUUCUUCCAGCUGGAUAGCAUCGCUGGUGAGUGGGUUGCCCUUCCUCCACUGCCGUCAGCCAGGUGUCUCUUCGGGCUGGGAGAGUCAGACAGCAAGAUCUAUGUGAUUGCAGGCAAGGACCUUCGCACGGAGGAGUCUCUAGAUUCAGUAUUGUGCUAUGAUCCUGUGGCAAUGAAAUGGGGCGAGAUCAAAAAACUACCCAUCAAAGUAUAUGGCCAUGCUACAGUCUCAAACAAUGGAUUGAUAUAUUGUCUUGGUGGAAAAACGGAUGAUAAGAAAUGCACUAACAGACUAUUUGUAUACAAUCCCAAGAAGGGAGACUGGAGAGAUCUGGCUCCAAUGAAAGUGGCUCGCUCGAUGUUUGGAACAGCUGUCCAUAAGGGCAAGAUUGUCAUUGCAGGUGGUGUCACUGAAGAAGGCCUUACUGCAUCUGUUGAAGCUUUUGAUCUGACCACCAAUAAGUGGGAGAUUAUGCCUGAAUUUCCCCAAGAGAGAAGUUCCAUCAGUUUAGUCACCUUAAGCGGAGCUUUGUAUGCUAUUGGAGGCUUUGCAAUGAUUCAGCUUGAAUCUAAAGAAUUUGCACCCAGUGAAGUUACUGACAUAUGGAAGUAUGAUGAUGAAAAGAAGGAAUGGAUUGGCAUACUGAAAGAGAUCCGAUAUGCUACAGGAGCCUCCUGCCUCGCUACACGCUUAAACCUCUUCAAGUUAUCAAAGCUGUAAACAAAAUGCUGGAAAAUGUGAUAUGGGGAGGGAGUUUUGAUAGGCUCUUCUGGUUUUGUUGCAUGAAAAUGUCCCCAGACUGUACAGAGUUUUGUAGCAGCAUACUAGUUAUACUGUUAACUGUUAAACAGUUCACCUGUCUGUCCCAGUCUUAAGAUUUACUAGCUAACCAACAACUGAAUUUUUGCCAGUGUUUAAAAUCCUGAAGAAUUCUAACUAACGUUGAUUAGAAUAAAUGAAGAUUUCAGAGAGAAAGAACUCCCAUUUUUCACUCUGUGAAAUUGCCAAUAAAACUAGUUAAGACUUCCUUACGCUCAGGCAAUCCAGGAUAUUGGUGGCUUAUAUUACAAUGCCCGUGACUUAAUUAAAUGCAACUAGCAGGAAGCUAACUUUAUUCUAACUGGCUGUUUGCACAGUCCAAUUUCCCCCUUCAGCAAUAUAUGUAGAUCGUGCAUUCUCCAGCCGUAUCUUGAAAAUAUUUCAUUAGGGCCUUCUAAAAAUAAUUUAGUCUGGAAUAUGAAGUGUAUAUUGAAAACAAAAGUGGGCUAACAGCCAGAGCUAUACUAGUAGCCAGAUGUGAGGAAAGAGAGACAAGUGCAUAAGGUUAAUAACUCUACGUUUAAGCUUCUGGUAACAAGGGUUUUCCACUUUUUUAUGCUUUUAUAUUUAUUUCCCAAAGUGAGUAUUUUAUGGAAGUUUUUCUCAAGAGAUCUGAGGUCAUAGACAAGCAUUCAUGAAAAAGUCCUAGAAGACUUGCUAAUCAGCAAAUACCUAUAGCAGAGAGGACUUUUACAUCUAAAAGUAAUGUUGAUGCAUUUUGAUGUUGAAACUUUGAACAAUUAAACUUUGUUUUUAAAACUGUAAAAGUA